UUGGCCGGGCGAGCCCUUUCCCGUGAUGCCUAGCACUCGGAUGUGACUGUUGCCUGGCAACAGACGGGCCUUGAUCCCUGGCGCGGGAUCCUCUGCUAGGCCAUGGGGUCGCGGGGUCUCCCGCCGCUCCUGCUGCUGCUUCUAAACUGCUGCACCUCUUCGAGCACCCAGGUCGUUGCCACCCCGGCUGCGGCCACCCCGGCAGUGACGAAGGAGGCGCUCAAUUCCACCGAGGCCACCCCCACCACUCUCCGGCCCUCCCAGUCGCCUAGGACCCCGGGAACUCCCAGGGCACCGGAGCGCUCCGGCCCCAGGCCCACCCCGGUGACGGACGUUGCUGCUCUGUGUGUCUGUGACCUGCUUCCAGCACAGUGUGAUGUCAACUGCUGCUGCGACCCUGACUGCAGCCCCACCGAUUUCAGCGUCUUCUCUGCCUGCUCCGUUGCAGUUGUCACGGGUGACCGGCAGUUUUGUAGUCAGAAGGCAGCCUUCUACUCGAUGAAUUUGACAGCAGACCCGCCUCACCGUGACUUUAAACUCACUGAUCAGAUCAACCCUUCCAUCUUCUGCGUCCAUAUUUCAAACUACAAGCCUGCGCUGUCUUUUGCUAAUCCGGAAGUGCCCGAUGAAAACAAUUUCGACAGACUGAUGGGAACAUCAGGUGGCUUCACACUGAGGGCCGAGUCGGCUGUUCCUCCCACAGCCGCAUCAGAUGGCGCACAGCCCACUAAAUACGAGUACGGAGCUCCUCUGCGGACUGCGGGCACAUCUUCAGGGUCAUUUCUGAAACUGCCUUCACCGCUCACGUCAUCGCUGUGUGCAGAUCAGAACCCUGCGGCAUUCCUGGUGAACCAGGCCUUCGAAUGCAGCCGAAGGGUGGACAUAGACCAGUGUGAAGGAAUGGAAGCCCUCAGCAUGGCUCAUUACAGUAGCCCUGCCAUUCUGAGGGUACCUAAUUCAACGACACAGGUCUCCAUCAAGAUCCAAUCUGUAAUGUAUCAGUCUCUGAAUCACACACUGACCCGGUUAGAAGGCCAUGGUGUCCUGCGGCCAUCUCUGGUCAGCACUGGGCAGGAUCGACUCUGCAGCAACGUUGUCCUCCAGGUGCAAUACAGUGUGCUGUACACGGCCGCAGGACAGAUCCAGGAGGCCGGCCUCUCCCUCGUUCUGGGGACACUGAGCAGCACAGUGAGUCUCCUGCAGCAGAAGUUUGAGAUUGACUUUGUUCAGCACGGCAGCAAGCCCGUUCCUCUCAGCGGCAACCCUGGUUACAGGGUGGGCUUCCCGCUGGCCGCCGGCUUUCAGCCGCAGAAGGGGUCUGGGAUUAUUCAGACAACGAACAGACAAGGCCAGUUUACUAUUCUUCGCAGCACAGGCGAGCAGGAUUGCCUUGCUGGUGAGGGGCUCCGGGCCCCCGUGCUGUUUGGCUACAAUGUGCAGUCCGGCUGCCAGCUCAGGUUGACAGGCACCAUCCCAUGUCCGCUUCUGGCACAGAAGAUGCAGGACCUGCUGAGAGGCCAGGCCUUCCCCGACUAUGUGGCUGGGUUUGGGAACUCCCGGGCCCAGGAUGUGCAGGACUGGGUGCCUGUGCACUUCGUCACCUACUCCUCCAACAUGAAGGGCUCUUGCCAGCUUCCUGUGGCUUUGGGUAUCGAAGUGAAAUGGACUAAGUAUGGGUCCCUGCUGAACCCCCAGGCCAGGAUCGUGAACGUCACCGCCCAACUCCUCUCAAUUCCCGAGCCCCUCCCAGGGCCCGAGAGGACCAUCGUCAUUUCCACUGCAGUGACAUUUGUGGAUGUGUCAGCCCCUGCUGAGGCAGGCUUCCGAGCCCCACCCACCAUCAACGCUAGGCUGCCCUUCAGCUUCUUCUUCCCAUUUGUGUGAUGAAGUGGCUCCCGCAGGAGUGAGUACCAUCCUGACGACGACGACGGGCUUCCCUUCCGAGCACCAGACCAGAGCACGGAGAGCCGUCUCGGUGCAUCGUCCCUGGUCUAGAGAGGUGUCUUCAGAAUGCCCGUCAACAUUUGAGAAGUGCAAACCAGCAAGAGGCUGUGCAAAACUGUGUGCCACAAGGGGACUGUACCCCAAGAUCAUGCUAAUUACAGGGCAGUCUUGGGGCCCUGCCAGGCGCUAGCUGUAUAACUGGUGGGCUGGUGUGGGCUGACACCAAGGAGAGACUGUGGUGGGCGAGCCCCGGGGAAGGAGAGCGCUUAUUUUAUACAUUAAUUGUACAGUAAUUGAAAAAGAUGCUGGUGGGUGCAGAGCCGGUUUGAAGCUGCUGGCUCAGCUGGAUAUGGCAGAGGAGGGGCUGGGUACCAUGAUGGCCCCCCAGGGAAUGCAGCAGGAACAGCUGGGGACCGACCUUCUAGUAAAGGUUUUCUGGAAUGGGCUGGCCCAGGGCACCAGCUCUAGGUCCUUUCAGGAUGUGCAUCAAGUUGGUUUUACGAGCCCUGCUUCCUGAUCAUUUUUGAGCAGUAGAAAUGAGAGAAGGUUGAUGUGAUGAUUUCUUAGCUGCAGGCAUAGGGCAUGGAUGACAAGGAGGCAGUAGUGCCAGUGAAGAUGUGUCCCUGGCAUCCAGGGGUGCAGGCCAAGGCAGAGAUGGGGACUGGAGUUCGCACCACACACUUGCUGUCUGGCCACAGUCCAGCUACUGUAGGUGGGGCAUCUGGAAGGCUAGUUCAGGUCCCCCAGAAGUCCAUUCUGUCUCAACAGCUUGUUGAGUCGCUCGAUUUCUUGUUCCUGUUGUAAAAGCAGACACAUACUGGGUGGCGACCUUCUGAGCCACACUGCCCAAGGCCCUAGGCUACAGACAGCUAAAAGCUACCAGCAAUGGCAUUCUGGCUGCGGAGGGGAGCUAGUGGCUUCCAGAAGGGCCCUGGGCAGUAAUAGCAGGAGCAAGGUGCCCAGAGGAGGGGCUGACCUGGCUCUUGGAGGCUGUGUUGAAGCUGAAAAGACCGAGGGGGGAGGGAGCUACAGAUGUGGGGCCCUCGUGGGUGGGAGGGGGCUACAGGUGUGGGACCUGUGUGGGCUGGAGUGGGGGCUACAGGUGUGGGGCCUGUGUGGGCUGGAGUGGGGGCUACAGGCGUGGGGUCCGCGUGGGCUGGAGGGGGCCCAUUGAGUCUCACCUUCUCCGAGCAGCUGAAUUCCAGAUGCUGGAUCUUGGUGGCCAGCUGGAUGUUGAUCUGCUUUAACCUUAGAAUCUGCCUUUCAGAGCGUGUCUUCACAGAGAUAAUUAUGCCUACAAGGGAGAGAGGCUUGGUGGCACAACAGCUGAAGUUAAACGGGAGAGGGAGGGGACCGGGCUGAGGCAGGUGGGCAUCAAAGGACAACGCCUGGGAAGUCUGUCUUUCCUUUCACCAUGUGGGUCCAACGGCUUAAACUCAGGUCGUCAAGCCUAGCAGGAGGUGUCAGCCCCACGAUGACGACUUGUACUCUGAGUCACACAUACACUUGGAGCAUGUAGAGACAACGGUCAGUGCGCAGCCUUAGCCAGGAAGGCAAGGUUGCUGCUUCUGAGCUCAGGAGUAGGCAGCAAGGCAGUAUCCCCGGGGCCGCACGGGUGCAGUCUCUACAGGCUAGCCGUGCUCCUGUUCCUCAAGGGCACAUGUCCCUAGCAGUACCAGAAAGUUGCUUGUCUUCCUGGUCAGAGUCCAGAGUGUAGAGAUAAAAAGGCCAGAAGUUAAAGCAGGGACCCCCGUGCUGUAGCAGGCUCUGCCCCGCUGGCUUGGGAGGCCUUGCAGGGCUCCAGUGACCCACAGCUCCUGACCCGGUGGCGGUGCUGCCCCUCAGGUGCAGACCCAGAGGGGCCCAGGCGCGUGGCAGUUACCUGCCCUAGCUGCAGCGGGAGGCUUCCAGCCCCUUGAGGCCCAAGGCGCCCCUUCAGGGACCCCACUCUCUGUGCAUUUAAUAAAUCCUUUACAUCUGUC